CACUCACGAGUCCCGACAAUGAGAAGCUCAACUCAGCGACUAUUUUAUCCUAAACGGCAGGAAGUCACUAUCAUCACGCCCUUGAAAACUGCGCCCACCUUUUUUCUCGCUCAGUCCACUUCUUCUUACCUAAAAAAACCCGAAAUCGCAAAAUUACUUCUCCAACUUUCCUUCACCAUCAGUUUGCCAAUUAUUUUCUCAGGAAAAUUUUCAGACUCAAAAAUUUCCCGAGAAAGCUUCUCUGGAAAUGGAAUCGUCCGCCCAGCGCCGUCUCCAUGCUAUUCAAUCUCAUCUCCUCCCUUCAACUGCUGCCACUGCCGACGAUCGCUCCCUUCUCUUCCAUAACCUCGCGUCCUCGAACUUCUUUGACGGCCAAGGAUACAGUUACUACGAGAAAUUGCAAACAGGGAAAUGGAAUGUCUAUAGGUGCGGUUGUUGUUUGCUUUCUCUUUUGUAAAAUUUUUGUAUAAUUGAAUGUUUAUUUCAACGUAUCGAUGUAUUUGCUGUUUGUAUGGGUAAAUUCUGCUGAUCUUUGACGGCAGAUCGGGGCGUUCUCCUAUGAAGCUUGUUAGUAGGUUUCCUGAUCAUCCUGAAAUUGUGACAUUGCAUGACAACUUCGUGUGAGAAUCUAUCUCGUUACGUUCAAUCACGUUAUUUUCUUUAUCUUUUUGCUAACUUGAAGCAGUGAUUGUUGGUUGGUUUCAAUUUAGUGUGCUUACAAAGUUAUUCAAUUUUUGCUUAAAAAUGUGUGAAUGCAAAAAUGCUGUUGACACGUAUAGAGAUCACAAGUAUUUGGGUACACGAGUUCAAGUGGAUGGAACAGUGGAAUUGUGAGUAAUAAGUGAUAAGAUUUGGAAUUUGAAAAGCAUUUCUUCCUCUCUAGUUUUGGUUUUAGUGCAGGUGCAAUCUGUUAGGUUGGUAAACUUCAAAUUAUUCAAGAAUACUCCAUUUUGUUGCGCCUUUGGACUUUGUUAGAGAAACAUCUGGUUAGAUAUGUCAGGCAUACUGUUCAGGGUUUUGAGAAUUGACAUCUUACAAUAACUGUGAUAAAUUUAAGACAGGAAAAAGAAUAUUUUUAAGUUGGCACAAGGAGAGUACAUAGCACCCGAGAAGAUUGAGAAUGUACAUGCCAAAUGCAAGUUUGUUUCCCCAGUGUUUUAUAUAUGGUAAAGAAAUAUUUUGUAAAUACCUCAUUUAUACUUAAUAGAUGAUAACUUGCUGACUGUUAAUUUGUUUACAGGUGAUGGUCUGAACUCCUGUUUAGUAGCUGUAGUAGCAGUGGAUCCAGACGUGUUGAUAGAUUGGGCUACAUCUGAGGGUAUCCAGGUGCCCAUCUCCCUAUUGUCUUUUUGAUCAUUUGACAUCAUGAAACUCAAAAUUUUAAGGAAAAUCAGAAAUGUUGAACCUGUAGUUGUUUUGCCUUGAUAAAUACAAUUCACUAUAUCAC